AUGCCAGGGGUAACCAAGUAUAAUCUGGUAGAUGACGUGCACGAUCUGAGGAUCCCCAUGCACAACGAGGAUGUGUUCAAGCACGGGGUCUGCUUCGAGGCAAAGUACAUCGGCAGUUUGGAGGUGGGUCGUCCUGGGAGUCGGAUGGAGAUUGUCGCCGCAAUGAGGCGAAUCAGAUAUGAAUUCAAACUGAAGAACAUAAAGAAGAAGAAGGUCAACAUUGUUGUAUCCACUGACAGUGUAAAAGUGAUUCUACGCAAAAAGAAGAGAAAAGGGUGCUCAUGGGAUGAGAAUACCUUCCUGGUGACACAGGAUCCCAUCCACAGGAUCUUUUAUGUCUCACAUGAUGCUCAAGACUUGAAGAUCUUCAGUUACAUAGCCAGAGAUGGACCGAGCAACAUUUUCCGAUGCAAUGUGUUCAAGUCAAAGAGGAAGUCUCAGGCCAUGAGGAUCGUGAGGACGGUGGGUCAGGCGUUUGAUGUGUGCCACCAGCUGACCCUGCAGCAGAAAACCGACGACCAGGGGGAUGAGGAGGGAAACGACGAGGGGUCUGAGGCAGUGCCAGCGAAGAAGAGGUUUGCGUUGUCAGAAGAGACCGACCUUGAAGCCACUACAGAGGAGAGCAUCGAGUGUGUCUCUUCAUCAGACCCGGACAAGAGUAAAAAAGAUGAGGCCCUCGGUAACGAUGUGAAGGUGUCUGAUGACCCAUCUCCUCUGCUGGGUUCUCCCAUCCUCGGGGCGUCUGUGUCGGGUCAGUUGACAGCUGAGGCUCCCUGCUCUGCAGAGCACCACGUCCAGCUCCUUCAAAAACAACUGCAGCAGCAGGAACAGCAGGCUCUGGCAGCUGGAGCACAGGUUCACGUGCUCCAGGAGCAGCUGUCAGUGGAGGUGUGUGCACGUACCGAGGCUCAAGCCAGAGUGCAGAGGCUGCUGCAGCAGAACACCGACCUGCUGCAGCACAUCUCCCUGCUGGUCAAACAGAUCCAGGAGCUGGAGCUCAAAGCUGCCGGCCAACUGACAUCCAUGGGCUCGCAGGACAGCCUCCUGGAGAUCACUUUUCGCGCCAAGCCUCCCCAGCGUGAACCGCUCACCCUGUCUUCACAUAUUGGCCCAUCAGCCUCUCAGUCCCACCUCCAGAUCUGUGACAGUGCCUGGGUCUCGGCCCUCCCCGGGCCCUGCUCUCCAGGCACCAUGGGCGCCAACACCAGCCCUCUGGGGCUGAGUGGCAGCGGAGUUCGACUCGAAUGUUUCCGAUUCUCCUCCCGGGCUCCAGAUAGCCAGGAGCAGGGCCAGGACACAGGGGAGACCCCCAGCGAUGGAGCCCCGGAUGAGAUCUCGCUGCUGGGGGAGCAAGUCCUCGGAGCCCUGGAGCUGCUUCGGUUCAGAGAGUCAGGAAUCGGAUCAGAGUACGAAUCAAACACAGAUGAGAGCGACGACCGAGACAGCUGGGGACAGGGCGAGGGCAUAGGGGCCGACGGUGCAGCUCGACUCUUAAACGUGCUGAAUGCAGAGAGUCUGCCGGACUGCUUAGGGGAUGAGAUGGCUGUGUAGUGGUGCUGUGAAAGCUGCACUAGGCAACUUUGUAACUUAUGUCCAAUCCCAAUGGAGAAGAGGUGACAUUCAGAACCUAAAAGACUUCAUGGCACAGAAAUCAUGCAUGGUGACAUCAGUAAACAGCAUCUUAUGCAGGUAUGAAUUAUGGCUGAUAGCUGGACUGAGCGCUUACUCACCACAGGUCUGAUGAAAGUUUCAACUUUACCCUCAAGUUUUGAUUUGUCACUUUCUAUGGACUGAGACUCAGUCAUGCAUAAGUGAGCAGUAAAUAAUAAGAACAAAAAUAAAGAUGUCUCGAAAUUUAGAAUGGCUUGAUGACGACAUAAAGAUUUCAUUGAAACAUAUUGAUACCUAGAACAUCAUCUAACUCGUACAAGUUAGUAAACACGUGUUCAAUGACAACAUCCUUCACAGAAUAAUCAUAUUUUAAUAAGAAGUAAGGAUCAUAGUUCUCUUCGGAUAAAAUAUAAAAUGUGGGGAUGUGAACCAAAUCAAGCUGUUUGUUGUCAAACCCUAAUGUCUGUAUCAAAUACAUUUAAAUUAGCAUAAACUGUAUAUAAAGAUGACAGGACUACCCCCAAAAAGUAGAGCCAGCCAAGUGUUUUGAUCGCCACCUGGUGGCUGGCCGCAUUAUUAACACCUCCUCCGUGUUAGUAGACAGGACAUGGAAUAAACUACAAAAUGGACCUAAACAUCAAAUAAUUUUUUCUCGAAUAUUGUUUCUGUCAUUUUAUGUAGUUCUGAUGUGUGAGGAAGUAUUUUUCUGACAAGUUUGGUUUUAAUCACUUAUUUAAUGCUAUAAAAAUGGGAUUUGCGAUUGAUCCAGGGGGGGUAUCAACGACACCUUGCUACCGUGCCUCCUUACCCUGAUUGCUAUAGACUCUCGCAACUUUAUUUCAGGAUAGGAGGACAUGGAGAAGCAUUGUCCAUCUUUAUAUACAGUCUAUGUAGAUAAGACUCUAUUAUCUCAGUCUAUUCAUCAUGUCCACCAUCUUACCGUAGGCAUGCGUAGGCAUUCUAACAUUUGCCGAUCAGCACUACACUAAGUACAACUGAGGCUGACUUGAACAGUUUUUACUGGCACAUGAUCCUAAAUUUAAAUAUCUAGCUAAAUUUAAAUUUUGUCUUGACAGCAGAUUUAUCAAUCCAGUCCGAGAUUAAAUCUUCAUGAGCUCCAUGCUACAGCCUACACUGGGAGUUAUUUCCUGUGAUUUGGAGCUAGAAUGACAUUGAGUAGAGAGCAUACCUCCACCACGGCCCAAAAAACAGACUUCUAUGACACAAAUUAGCUUCAGUCAAACUUGUCAGGUAGUUUAAACACUGGUGUUUCAGACUGUCUCGCUCUCUGCUGCCUCCAAACAUUUAUGUUACAUACCGUGUGUUUGUGUGUAUCAGUCUGAUGAUUGUUGUACCUUACGUACUCCUUUGCCAAAUCUGUCUGGACAAGCUCUCGUGGUUUUAUUUGGAGUGUGAAUAAUGAAAAAUCUUGCUGUGCUUGCUUUGACACUUAGUCUGUGAAUUAUACAUGGAUUUAAAAAUGAGCAUGUAUCUGUCGCAGUCUGAUUUACCCUCUCUCCUCAGUGUGAUGUAUAUAUUCAGAUUUACUUUGAUGCUCUGCAGCCAAUACACGGCUCGGUUUCAUUCAUACUUUUCUUCAUCUUCUUACAAAACAUUUUCCAAUGAGGUGUUUUAGAGAUAAACUCCUCCCUGUGUGCAGGUGCUGCUACAGUCCCGUCCCUGCUGCUUAAAUCUGUUAUUUAUUAAUGCCGUACUGCGGCAGCGACACACUGCCGCAUCGCCGCUGCUCCACCCCUGAGAGAGAGGAUUGUUUGAGUCACCCAGGCGGCAUACAGGGAACCUCUGGGCCCCUUCAUAUUUUUGCGGCCUCGCUGACUGAGAGCCAACACAAUGAAUCGCUGAAUUGAUGACGUUUCUUUGAGCUCUUUCCAAAAAUCGAUUCAUGUCUUCUUGGCCCUCCUCCUCCUCAUCUCCCUCACUCACCUUCCUCCUCCUCUUUCCCCCUGAAGCUCAUUACCUCUUUCCCCCACUGCCUUGCACUCACAAUCUGUCGGCCGUAUCCAUACAUCCAUAUCUCUCUGUCAAUCAGUGCCGCUUCCCUCCAAGGUUACACUGCACCUGUUCACAUGAAGUGUACUAAAAACUAAAGUGCACUUAAGUCAAAGUCUCCCCAAAUGGAAUUAAACGCCCUUUCCCAAAUGCCAUGUGGUGCUAUGAUAUGUCUAGCACGUUUAGUGCGAUUCACGCAUGAAAUUUCUCUCAAACAGCGCCGGUUUCUGGGCUGACCUUUCCCAAACGCUUUUCUCGUUAGUAUUUAUAAUUGCUGAUGGGAUGUGGCGAGGUGCUUUGUGAGGGUGUUGGCUCUCUAUUAUCAUCGGAGAUACACCAGCUGUGGCCAUUAAACAGGGUCAGCUCCCCUCGCGCUCACUGUGUCUGCGCGCUUAGAGCAGCAGCUUGAUGCAACACUGCAGAUACCCUGGAUAAAUAUGAAAAAUAUCAGCCAUUACCCACCCACACCCAGCAGCUCCACUCACACAGCUGCUGCUGACACAGACAGUGGGCGGCCUCCAGGAGGUGGCCCCUGCUCUCAUUUGCUUGAUUAUAGUGAAGGAUGGUCUGUAGUGUCACUCUGCUCACCCCCUCCACAAUCUGUAUAUGUUCAUUGCUUUGUAUUCUACAGGUCAACUGGAUUCAACAAACAUGUUAUCACUGCAGUCUUGCCUUUUUUUUUGACUGUCUAGAUUUGAGAGACAUUCAUGGUUCCCAGAUGAUGAAUCCUGCAGCUUUUCGUUAUAUAAUCUCCCAGUUUUUGCUCUAGCACCACCAUGAGUUUGACAUUUGUGGUUUACACUAAAGUAAUUUAUCUCAUGAUGAUUGUCAUGUAUUUUACUACGAUCAGUCAUGUUCAAACAGACAGGUUGAAACGUAAACAUUUCAAUGAUUGCUCAACUUUUUUUCAACUUUUUUCGU